AUGACAGGAGACAUAAGUGCUUGUAAAAAUUUUUAUAAUCGGAGUGAGUUAAUUGGUUCAAUUCUCAAGCUACCCGGAGCCCCGAAAGUAUUUGAGAAAUUAGAAAGUUUUACUUCAUUGGAAAAUCUAUCAAUUGAUGUUACUGGUAUUCUACAUUGUGAUUCAUUAUUUUGGGCUAUCAGCAAUCAAAAAGAAACAUUAAAAAAUUAUUUAUCCUUGGCUUCACCAUUUACUCAAUUAGAUAGUUUUCAUUAUUCUCAUAUGGUACUUUUAAAUUAUUGUACAAAGAUUACCGAAUUAACUUUACAUGAUUUAAAAGGAUUUGAUGCUAGUGAAUUAUUAUGUCAAAUGGCUGAGAAUGUACCAGAAUCACUUGAAACUAUCGAAAUUAGAAUGGGGAUAUCCAGUGCUGAUAGACCGCAACUAUUUGCAUUAAGUGAUGAACAUUUUAAAGUUAUUGAAGAAUAUGGAGUUCAAUUUGAUAUACGUAGUAGAAUAUUCUAA